CAGUGGGCAGGAUGGGCGGGCUCCUUCUCCCUGACAUAACCAGCUUCUCCCGGGAGCCGGGAGCCGGGAGUCGAGCUCCUCAGCUUUGCCCGUGGCUUUGGGAUCAUGACUACCUUAGCUGGCCAUCUGUUCCCUGGGUUGAUUUUUGUUUUCCUCGGAAUCUACUAUGCUGUGCUGACGUCUCUGGCCCUCCUGAGGGGGCAGCGGCUCCUGGUCCUGCCACUUCCUCCCCGGAAUAAGAGAACGCAGGGCUGGCUACAGCAGCUACCCAUGGAGGGUUUAGGGAAGACUUUUUGCGGCAUCUUUGGCGUGAUAGGUACUUUUUUCAUUCCGCUGGGAUCCAACAGGUUCGCCAUGAUAGAUUGGGAAGACCCCGGACAGCCGUUCUUGCAUCACAACUCCUGGCAACACAUGACCAUGUACACUUUCUUGCUCCUCAGUGGUCUGGUGGACACAGUGAGUCGGUGCUGUCUGGCCAGGCAGCAGGUGAAGCUGGAGCAAGCGGCCUGGGCCUUCGCCUUCCACGGAGCUUCCCUGCUUUUCAUCUCCCACCUCCAGGGCAGGGAUGCCCUGGAAACCCGUGCCCAUCUCCUAGUAGUGCUGCCCCUCAUGCUGGCCGGUCUGGUGCUGACCAUUGAACUCUGGUUCCCUGACCAGCCCAUGCUUUGGAUACUCAAGGCAUGGAUGACUCUCCAGUUUGGUUCGUGGUUUGCUCAGAUAGGGAACUUCCUCUACUCUCCAAUUACCGGCCACCCUUGGAGGGCAGAUAAACCUGGAGAUAUCAUGUUCCUCACCACCUUCUUCUGUUGGCACCUGAUCGUGAAUGCUCUGCUGAUAGCUGCCAUUUAUGGGCUCUGUGUCCUCUGGCACCAGCGGCAUCCCCCUCAGCAGGGGGCCAAGGGCGCUGGGUACCGGCUGUGCCCCACAGAUUCUGCCAGUGAGGAACUAAAGAAGCUGAUGGUUGAGAUGAACUAGGAUGGUAGCAUCUAGGGUGUAGAACACUUACAGGCUGUGCCUUUUCUCCAGCAUGGAAUGAGGAUUUUUUAGAACAGUUUCUAGCUGCAAAGCCAGGAAAACUGGUUUUUCCUCAAUAAAAAGGACAAACCUGAUCAAAA